UCCUGUUAUAACACUAAUGAAGUUUCGAGAAAUCGUGUCAUGGGUACAACAUUGAAUCGUUGCCAACUGUACGUUCCUACAUGAUCUAAAUAAUAGACGUAAAUGAAUAUAAUUGAUAAAAAUUAGAUGGUUAUCAAAAAAGCCGUGCAAAACAUAAGGUUAAUAUUUUCACCAAGAAACUAAAAGAAUAAGGCACCAGAAUGUUGAUUCUUAAUGCUCAAGUCAAACUUUUGCCAUCGCUAGUUCAUAAGCAGUUGAAAUCACAAACCAUUAAACUAUUGUUGUUGUUUUUAGUUUUCAGUAGCCUAACGUUUAUUUGUUACUAACGUUUCAUGACGUGUAUCCAAUGAAAAAUGAGUUAGAGAGUAUAUUUAUAUCCUGUUUAAAACGAUGUGAAUCUGUUUUACUACGCAUGAAAAACGUUUACCUUACAUGAGUGAAAUCAACUGUUCUGAUUGUGAAUGCCGGGAAUGAAGAAUUUUGGAAUUUUAAUCGUUCUCUUGGUAGUCGGUGAGGAGACUCGGUGUGGAGUUCCCAAUGGCUCCUAUGGACGUAACAGAUAUGAACGUCCAGUGAUACCGUGCAGCAGCUCGAGCGAGUGCCCCGACAAUUCGUGCUGUAUGAACGCGGACGGACAGCUAGUCAAUGGGGAGGGACAGGAAUUAUGGGGCGGCCUGGGGCCAGGAUUGGAGAACGGGACGUGCAGUAGGGCAGUUAGCGGGCCGGGGGCUGUGUGCACACAACGGUGUGGAUGUCAGGUAGUGUUUAAGGUGACUUGGGCUAGGGUGCCGACCCUCAUAUCCUAUGUGCGCAGCAGAUACGAGCCUCCAGUGAUACCGUGCAGCAGUUCGAGCGAAUGCCCCGGCACUACGUGCUGUAGGAACGCGGACGGACACUUGGUCAACGGGGAGGGACAGGAAUGGUUGGGCGGUCUGGACCCCGGAUUGAAGAACGGGACGUGCAGUAGGGCCUUGAGCGGGCCGGGAGCUGCGUGCACAGAACGGUGUGGAUGUCAGAAAGGUUACACGUGUUACCGAACCAUAUCAGGAUUAUGCUGCCCACCAACGACAUGCUGGGAGGCGGAGGCGGCCCGGAUUGACAGAGAAUACUGGGACAAUUGCUCUAAGGACCCGAACUGCCAUCUUCCGCCAUCCGUGAACCCCGGCGGUCCAGCCAUUGACGGUUGA